AUGAAAUUGUUCAACGAUAAGAAACAAUUUAAAAAAACACUUGAAUUAUUUGAUACAUACAAGGAAAAAAAUAAUCAAAUACUUUCUGGUUUUAUUAUUACUCAAGCGUUGAAAGCAUGUGCUCAAAUUGGAGAUCUUCAACGUGGUUCAACUAUUCAUUAUCUUAUUUCAUCGCGUAUAAAAGAUAAUUCUUACAUAUUAACAUCAUUAAUUCAUCUUUAUAUGCAAUGUGGUGAUGUGACUCGUGCUCAGUUAUUAUUCGAUUCAGCAUCAAAGAAAAUCUUACAAAUGUAUGGAGCAAUGAUGAAAGGUUAUAUAAAAAACAAUAUGACAAAUAAAGCGAUUGAUUUGUUCAAUGAAAUUAAGAAUCCUGAUGAAGUUAGUAUUAUCAUUUUGUUUAAUGCUUGUGCUCAAUUGCGAACUAAUGAAGCAUUAAGUUUAACAAAUAAAGUCUCAUCACAAAUUCCAAAAUCUUUUUAUUCAAAUCUUCGUCUUUUGACUUCUCUAUUGGAUGCUUUGAUGCAAUCUGGUGAUGUCGCACAUGCUCAAUCAUUGUUUGAUGCAUCAACAAAGAAAAUAUUAUCAAUGUAUGGAGCGAUGAUGAAAGGUUAUAUUAAAAAUAAAAUGGCAAAUAAAGCGAUUGAUUUGUUCAAUGAAAUAAAGAAUCCUGAUGAAAUUGUUACAAAUCUCUUAUUCAAUGCUUGUGCUACAUUAAAAACUAGUGAAGCAUUAAAUUUAACAAAAAAAAUCUCAUCGCAAAUGCCAAAAUCUUUUUAUUCAAAUCUUCGUCUUUUAACUUCUCUAUUAGAUGCAUUGAUUAAAUGUGGUGAUGUAAUACAUGCUGAAUUAUUAUUCGAUACAUCAACAAAGAAAAUUUUACCAAUGUAUGGAGCAAUGAUGAAAGGUUAUAUUAAAAAUAAUAUGGCAAAUAAAGCGAUUGAUUUGUUCAAUGAAAUUCAAAAUCCAAAUGAUGAAGUUAUCAUAAUACUUUUGUUUAAUGCUUGUGCUCAAUUAGGAACUAAUGAAGCAUUAAGUUUAAUAAAAAAAGUAUCAUCACAAAUUCCAAUAUCAUUUCAUUCAAAUUAUCAUCUUUCAACUUCUCUAUUGGAUGCAUUGAUUCAAUGUGGAGAUUGUUCAAAUGCAGAAAUUUUCUUUUCAAAAAUGAAAAAAUCUGUAAUAGGUUAUGGAAAUUUAAUGAAUGGUUUUCUUAAAGCAAAUAAUCCUGUCAAAGUAUUAAGUUUAUUUGAUCAAAUGAAAAUCAAUGGUAUUGAACCAGAUUUAAUUAUUUAUUUUUAUAUAAUCAAAGCAUUAUCUCAAAUUGGUGAUUAUUCAUUAGCUCAAUUGAUUGUUGAAAAAAUUCCAAAUUGUUUUCUUGUUAAUGAUAGAGUUCAAAAUGCCUUAAUCGAUAUGUGGGGUAAAACUGGAUGUGUCGAUCGUGCAAAAGAAAUUUUCGAAAAAAUUCUUGAACCAAAUCAAACCGAAUACGGAUCGAUGAUUAAUUCUUACGGUUUAAAUGGAAUGGGUAUUCAAGCAGUUGAACUUUACCGUCAAAUGUCAUCAGAAUUUAGGAAUGAAUCAAAUUAUGUUUGUAUUCUAAACGCAUGUUCACAUUCAGGACUUGUUGAUCAAGCUCGUUCAAUCUUUUCAAAUAUUCAAAUUAAAACAGAGAAAAUUUAUACUACUAUGAUUGAUUGUCUUAGUCGUGCAUCAAUUUUUGAAGAAGCACAAAAAUUAAUUGAUGAAUUUGAACGUGAUCAUUCACCUGUAUUGCCUAUGUAUAGGGCAUUAUUAUCAGGUGCUCGAAAUAAUAGGAAUAUUCAUUUAUCUCAAAGAAUUUUUGAUCGUAUGAAGAAACUUUUUCGUGAAUUAACCAACCCAUUGACAUCAGCUGCGAUUCUUCUUGCUAAUGUUUAUGCAUCAUCAGGUGAAAUUGAAAAGGCAUUAGAUAUUAGAAUUCAAUUGACUCAAUCAGGUGCAAAGAAAAAAGCUGGUCUUUCUUGGACUGUAGUCAAUGGACAACUCUUUCAAUUUCGAGCUCAUGAUCGAUCUCAUCCUCGUUCAUCUGAAAUCUAUGCUGAACUUGAGAAAAUAUCAAAGGAACUUAUUGAACAUGGUCACGAAUACGAUUCAAGUUGGAUCACACGAUUCUUGGAUCAGGAUGAAUCUGUUGAAUCAGUGCUUUGUGGACAUAGUGAAAAACUUGCAAUUGCAUGGAAUUUUGUUGUAAAUCCCCAUGCAACACGAAUUCAAAUGACUAAGAAUCUUCGUGUUUGUGGUGAUUGUCAUCAAGCGACAAAAUUAAUAGCUGCUAUUCGUCAAUGUGAAAUCAUCGUUCGUGAUGCAAAUCGAAUACAUCACUUCUAUACAAAUGGACAAUGUUCAUGCAACGAUUAUUUCUGA